AUGGCACUUUAUUAUUUGCAUACUUUUUUAAAGCUCUCUGAUGUAAAGGAUGGAGUAAAUCAAGCGGCACCUACAUUUGGAUUUGGUAGUAGGCAAGCACCAACGUUUGGGUCACCAGGUUUUCCAGUUAAUAGCAGCAGCAGUGAUAAUGCUCAGAAUUUUAGUUUUAAAACGAACUCUGGAUUUAUCCCUGCCCCUUCUGGAAACCCUUCUGUGUUUGGACGUCCUCCAGCAUUUGGAGCUGUAUCUUCUGCCAGUUCUGCCAUCUCUACUUCUACUCCAGCUUUUGGAUUUGGGAAACCUGAAAUCACAUCUGCCGCUUCAUUUUCAUUUAAAAGCCCUGCAACUUCCAGUUUUGGAUCACCCGGAUUUUCAGGAUUUCCAGCUUCCUCAGCAGCAGACUCUGUCAGAGCUCCAGUGGCCCCGGCCUUUGGAAGUGUCAGCUCUGUGGCUGGUUUUGGUAGUCCAGGCUCACAUUCUUACACUGCUUUUUCUAAGCCAUCUAAUGACACCUUUGGAAAUAGCAGCAUACCCAGCUCUCUCUCGGUAUCAAAGAGCAUCGUUGCAACAGAUAAUGUAUUAUUCACACCCAAGGAUAAACUAACGGUGGAAGAACUGGAACAAUUUCAAUCCAAGAAAUUUACUCUAGGAAAAAUC